CAGCUUUCAAACCAGAGGGAGAAAAUGACAGCAGAAAUACAAGAAACGAUCUAAACAACAAUGAUAAGAGGCCCUGAAAGUCGGUGGAUGAAUAACAGAGUUCGACCAAAAAGAUGUGGCUGCCUCCCAAGGCCAUAGGUCAAGUCUGACGCCUGCGCCGAGUGACGCUGCGGAGGAGAUGGUCACGUGCUGCCAGGAAUUGUACCAUGGACACCCACUCCCACCACUCCAUUAUAUCUCUCCCUCCGUCUGGUCCAGUUUCCGAAAAUCUCUUUUCACUUGGGGGUGGUGAAGAGUUAGGGAAAUUUUCUCCGUCCUCUGCACGGACAGACCGUGAGGCGUUUCUCCCUAACGCAAGGAUUUCCAGCGAGGGUCAAGGGUCAAGUGUGUUCCUACGUCAUUUUCCACGCGGAUGUACUUCUCACCUUUCUCCUCAGAGGUAGUUAGAACCCACGCACUUCCCCUCAUCGGUCCCCACCCCGCGAGUUGUGAAACCGAGCAAAACUGCUUAUCAGCGCUGUUCGCCACCUCCCGUCAUACCUCCUCCCCCCGACUCCAUCUUUCUGUCUUUUCCCACCCACCCCGCUCACCCGUCCCACCUCCUAGUCAACGGCAUGCACGCAGUUGUGUGAAUCACCGAACACGGCGCGUGCAUCAAUCGAGCGCGCCUGCGUGCGCACACACACGGACGGCGGCUGGCUCUCACAAACCGUUGGAGCGCCGUUGCUGUCGUAGUCGUCCCUCCCUGGCCGCCGAACGCACGCUCACACGUCAGCAUCGCUACAACAUGUUGCCAAUACCGGGAUCGGACUGUCAGCUGUCUUUCUAAUCACUUUACCGUAGUAACCACCGAGAGAAAUCCGUUGUAGAAGUUCUCUGAGCCUUUUACAGGUGAGAGGGACGAAUAACUUUUCACACCCUUUCCAUCCAUUCAUUUUCAAGAGAUGAAAAAGUUUGCUGACCAGCACUGACUUGUUCGUGGAUGUACCGUGGAUUACUGACCGCAUAAUACCCGGUAAUCAGUCUGGGUGGACGAAAGAAGGAUCGGAGGUGGGAGUGGAGUUUACAGGGUCUCACAUUCUGAUGUCGUGGUCAUCGUGAAAGGUUUUGGUGGCGGAAAGUUUCAGGAGUUACUGUCACCGCUGAGAAAAAAAAAACCAUUGAACGAUUAUCAUAUUUACUUAAUUGUUCCCUCGGAUUUGCUUAAGACAAAGUCCUUCACUUUAAUUCAAACCGAAGACUUUUCUUUCAAUCUCAAACUAAAGUGUCUGGCGGAAGACGAAUAAACUUGCCUUCAGGACAUUUUGGUAGAAAAAAUUCUUUUCACAAGAUAUAGCAAUUACAAAAUUUUUUUAAGAUGAAGUAAGUGGUAGCUUAAAUUGCUGUUAGUUUUGUGGCAGGAUUUACUGUCCGUGAAGUGAGGUGUGAGUUUUGUUUAGUGUAUGUGUGCGAAAGUAGUCGUCCUUCAUCAUGCCAACAUCGCCGACGACAAGCGUCAAAACAACGAAGGCGACGACAGCCCACAGUGAACACCCUGAGGAGAGCUUCAGCAUCCAGGCUCUGGAGCAGCUCAUGGGCUACGAAGUCAGCUUCUUCAACGGGACGCAUCUACUGUGUCCUCCCAACACCACCUUGCCCCCCGGCCUGCAGAACUCCACCGGCCUGCAAUGUCUGUACGACAUGCCGCCAUUGCCCAAAGAACUUUACUUCAACGAUGACAGUGCCGUGUCCGUCAUCGCCUAUUCCUGCCUCUUUCUGGUGGCGGCCUGCGGGAAUUUGACAGUCUUCAUCACGCUCUUCCGCAACCGCAACGUGAAAUCUCGCGUGAACAUGUUCAUCAUGCACCUGGCCAUCGCGGACCUGUUGGUCACGUUCAUGAUGAUGCCCUUGGAGAUCGCCUGGCAUGCCACGGUCGUCUGGCUGGCCGGGGAUGCUGCCUGUCGUUUGAUGAUGUUCUUCCGCGCCUUUGGCUUCUACCUCAGCUCUUGCAUCCUCGUCACCAUCUCGCUGGACCGCUACUUCGCCAUCAUGCACCCGCUCUCAAUCAACGACGCCACCCGCCGGGGGAAAAUCAUGCUGGCCUGCUCGUGGAUUCUAAGCUUCAUCUCCAGCAUCCCACAGAGCGUCAUUUUUCACGUGGAGCGGCAUCCGCAGCAUCGCUGGUUCAAGCAGUGCGUGACCUUUAACUUCUUUCCAUCGCCUAUGCACGAGCUGGCCUAUAACCUUUUCAUCGUCAUCGCCCUGUACGGCCUUCCUUUGCUCAUCAUCACCACCUCCUACAGCCUCAUCCUGUGCAAGAUCUCAAAAAAGUCCAGACAGAGCAGAAAGGAAAUGUGCAACUUGGAGGACGAUUUUCGUCCAAACAUGGAAGUCGGUCUACGCAGGUCGGCCCUGGGCAACAUAGAGCGAGCACGAAUUCGAACCCUGAAGAUGACGUUUGUCAUCGUUGGUGCUUUCAUUUUAUGCUGGACGCCAUACUUUGUGAUGUCAGCAUGGUACUGGUUUGACAGCGCCUCAGCAACCAAGAUUGAUCCCAAGAUUCAGCGCGGUCUGUUCCUGUUUGCUGUAUCCAACUCCUGCAUCAACCCAAUCGUUUACGGCAUGUUCACCAUCAAGUUCAAACGAGAGCUCGUCCGUUGCUGCUACUGUUUGCACCAGCACUGGCGGCGGCGGGGGUUUGCCGAGCAAGACGGGGGCGCCCACCGCAUGGCCCUACUCAACCGCCGCUCCUACCCCACUGCCUCAGAGUCGUCGUGGUCGCACGGCCGUUGCGACCGGCAGAGCCGCACUCCGUCGCAGCCACCCACCGAAGCUUCCGUCGCGGACUCCUCCGUUUACGGCUGCCGAUACCCGUGCUACCCCAUGCUGGUCGUUGCCGGAGGCAACGCGGGUGGCUCCGAGGUCUCCACCGAGAGUUCGCGGAUGUCCCUCUGUUCUCUGACCAAGGAGCCGCCGCCGGAUCGGGCCAACAUAAACAACUUCGUCAAGGCUGGCUCGAGCAAGUGAGAAGGGAACUUUUUUGUUCGCCCAGUCUUUGUGACUGUUUGCAGCGGUGGAGGAAGUGCACGACCACGUCAAAGUUUUGGGGAUGAAAUGACGGGAAAAAACUUGGAGAAUAUACUCAUAUCAGUACAUCUGCUGUGAACAAUGUGUUUGCACUGGUGCGCCAGUCUCUAGACAUUUUUGGUUGAAGGAUGUUUUGUGUGUGUGUGUGUGUGCGUGUGUGUGUGUGUGUGUGUGUGUGCGUGUGCGCGCGUGUGGCGCGGUUUGUAAACGUAUCUAAGUAGAUAGGUUGUGUGUGUGCUUUUUCACACGAGUGCAGCAGAGAACAUUUUGGAACGAGGUUUUCUUCUUAGUACGUGGGUGCUGAUAAUUCCUUUGACAACCCUGCUAAUAACAGUACACACCGUUUUCCUCGUUAUCUUUGUUGUUGCAUGACCUAUUUAUGUAAGUCAAGACUGUACUGGAAAAGAUGUGAUUUUUAUAUGUCGUUCUGUGUCAAGCUUUCUGAAAUAUAUUUCAUUUAAAAAAAAAACACUGUUUACAUUUUUCAAAUAGAGAAUAUGUACACUUUCAACGGUUUUUGAUCUACCUAUUCCCAUUAACAUGUGACUCAGUUUUCAAUAAUGAAUGCAUGAAAGAAUGAAAGUGUUAGUCUGUAUGAAGCAACAUUGUCCUGUUACAUGUAACGACUUGGAAUUCUGUUUGCCGUGUACCUCCGCCCACCCAUCCUUACUCCGCAGGGUACUGUAUGCAGCAUGUAUAAAGCCUUCUGCGAAUGUCGCUGUUUGGACUCUGAUAAUCUUUGAAGAUACUCUCCAUAUCAUCGUCGGAAAGAGAAAGAGAAAAACUCCGAUUCGAAAUGUUACGAUAAUCCAGAAGCAUACUACCCCACCUGCUCAACACACUGCCACAUCGACCGCCCUUUAAACAACCUUUAGUCGAACUUUUAAGUGUUGGGUAACUGGCGGAUAUGUAAAAAAGAAACUAUGUUCGUGUUAAGAGUACAAGAGUGCACAAUUUUACCAAUGUAAUGUUGGUCAUAUCGAUGGAGGCAUCAUGUUUGUCGCUAUAUGUUUAUGUGUUACAUAACACGAUAUUUCUAGUGCAGGUCUAAACAAGGUUUUCUACAUCGCCGGCAAGAAAAAAUUCUGCUUUUCUUUCGCUGUAGGGAACUCAGUUCUGAUAUCUUGCUAACCUUCUCCAUUUAUGCAUCAAAAUAACCCUUAUGUAACUGUAAGUAAACAGUACUCAAUAAAUCUUAUAUCGUGAAUAAGGUCUUCCUCAACUAAAUACUGUCGAUAUGGUAUAAAUGAAACUGUGUAAAAAGAACAGAAAGGUCAGUUCAAACUCGCUCAUUAAAUAUUAAAUUUUUAAAUCGCCAAUUAUAUUUUGGUUAACCUUUUGUUUGACGGAUUUAAAGAAACUACAAUCGUCAUUUCAAACGCUGUCUUGAUGUGACAGUUCACCUCCUUAUAUCAGUACUGUAUUUAAAGGCAUGUAUCCUGGUAAGUACAGUUGUUACUUGCAAAGCAGUUUACCCUUUUGAACAGGUCAUUUUUCACACAAACACUACAUCGUAAUCAUUGUCUACUUGAUCAGUUGAGAUGAAGCAAAACGAGAUUCAGACCACUGAAUCGAGCAGAAAUCUCGAGUUUUCAAACAGUAUGUUUGAAGAAAAUACAUCUGGAAAACAGAAAAAAAAACCAAGGCAUCAAAACUACGAUGUUUCAUUGAAAUCAUUCAGAUCCCCAAACAGAUUGGAUCUGUAAGACACUGUGAUCGUUGCUAUAACACUUUGGUUUCAUUGCCCAGGAGGCAGAUUAACAUCUCUCCUGACAAAGAUUAUUUUUCCAUUAACCAAAUUUUUGUAUUGAGAAAACUUUAUUGUAGAGUGAGAAUGAAUGUUUUUAAUUCAUCUCUUAACAUUUUUCUUGUGCAUAGCACUGUACAUGUUCCUUACAAAUACAUUUUGUUGUCUGCACAUACUUACCAUCAUUGUGGCUCAUGAACUGAAGGCAACACCCAAAUUUAGAGCUUAAACAUGGCAUGAAACCGUAUUAAGUUAAUCACUUAUUUGAAAAUAUUCCGACCCGAAGGCGUCAACAUGGCUGACGGCAUAAUUAACUGCACAAUUGAAGCUGCUUCAUCACAGUGGAAAAUAAUGCAAGUUUUCUUCAAUUGUCCAUAAAAGUUAUUAGCUGGAUUACGAAAAUAUUGAUGCUGAAACAAUUUUUAUUUACAAAAGCACAAGUGACCUAUACUCAUUCUUCUGACAUCAUUGAAGGUGCAGCAUUUUUGUGGAUGUGUGUGCCUGUAACCGUUACUGAACGAACCCAACUGAACAUCUGUAGUUACUUUUGAGUCAGUGAACAUGUGUAAAUACCCAUUGUUUUAACUGGGCACUGAUGUGUAAGUUUAAUCAUCAUAGCUUUAACAUGAUGUAAAUUUACUUAUACACACGUUAUUACUAAGAAAGAUGUGACUAUAAACAUGCCUUCUAUUACUUACGUUGUGUUCAAAUAUUUUCUAUUCUCAAUGUGAUACUAUUUAUAUGUGAGAUAUUGGUUAUGAGUAAAGAAAAAGUUCUUCUCCCGACUUACAGACGACAUGUGAACAAAAGGGGGAAACUGAAAAUGCA